UAGUGACAUAGGUGUGGACAUAGAAGAAUAGACGAAGAGGACAAGAUUAUCAUCAACUAUCAAGCAAAGUGGCAUUUGGCAUAGGGCAAAUUAAAAAAUUAAAAAAAAAAAAAAAAAGAGAAAAAAAUAUCACACAAAUGAUUGCAAGUAUGUGUUGUGAUGUACCCGUUUGUUGAUUAUAAAUUAUUGCAAAUUAAUGCUUAUUGAUAACUUGUAUAUAUAGAUAGAAAAUAUUAUUAAGAAACAAAAUAAAACAAAAAAAAAAAAUGGGUAAAUUAUUAUCAAAAAUAUUUGGAAAUAAAGAAAUGAGAAUUUUGAUGUUGGGUCUUGAUGCUGCUGGUAAAACAACAAUAUUGUAUAAAUUAAAAUUGGGUCAAUCUGUGACAACUAUACCAACUGUAGGCUUCAAUGUUGAAACUGUAACAUAUAAAAAUGUAAAAUUUAAUGUUUGGGAUGUGGGCGGUCAAGAUAAAAUACGCCCGUUAUGGCGUCAUUAUUACACUGGUACUCAAGGACUAAUAUUUGUCGUUGAUUGUGCUGAUCGAGACAGAAUUGACGAAGCUCGUCAAGAAUUACAUCGUAUUAUUAAUGACAGAGAAAUGCGUGAUGCUAUUAUUUUAAUAUUUGCCAAUAAGCAAGAUCUUCCUGAUGCUAUGAAACCACAUGAGAUACAAGAAAAAUUGGGACUUACAAGAAUACGUGAUAGAAAUUGGUAUGUUCAGCCAUCAUGUGCAACGACUGGUGAUGGACUUUAUGAGGGCCUUACAUGGUUGACUAGUAAUCACAAAUUAUGAAUUAUUUAGUUAGUUUUUAAUGUUAUAUAUAUUCCAAGGGAUUUUUACAACAACGUAUUA